AUGUUGGCACCCAAACCUUUACCACUUUCAUUUCGAAUCACACUCCUUGGAGAACAAGAAGCAAUAUACUUCCAAAUAUUUCAACGCGAAACUAUAAAUAACCUUACCGAUGGCCGGAAAUCACCACUUUGGCAUGGAAUAGUAAGACAUGCGUGUCUGGAAGAACCAUCCAUCUUUCAUUGCGCCAUAGCCAUCGCUGCUCUGGAUCAAGCAUGUAAAUCUAGGUCAUUGAAUACCUCCUCGGGCUUUGACUUUCAUCAUCGUCAUGCACUUCAGCAAUACGGAAAGGCGCUGAAAGAAUUACAGAAAGUAGUCGCUCGAGGCGACUCUUGUAUUCGCACUACCCUCAUUUCCUCUUUACUCAUCUUUUGUUUUCAAAAUUUUCAUGGGGAUGUUCGACUUGCCAUAAACAAUGUCAGGACGACGAUAGAUCUCAUGUACGAUUGGAUCUCUAGCCAUACGAAUACUACUGCCCAUAUUGGUUUUAGUCCCGCACCGCAUAUCCUCGAACAUGAAGUGGUUGAAGCAUUUGCUCGUCUUGAUGCACAUCUCUUAAAUUGGAUUUGUGUUUCCCGAUCUUCAUGCGAUAUCAUUCCUCUUGUUUCCCCAAAUUCUUUCAACGCUUUACCAAUCCCAACCAUUUUUACGUCCCUCAAGGAAGCGAAACUUUCUUUGGACAACAUCAUAUCCCGACUCUUCCUGGACAAAGUUUCCGGCCCAACUGCGCCCUCACUGACAAGCAUUUCCCAAUACACCAUUUCAGAAGCCUCCGAGCCUCCUUUUGCAAAAGAACUGAGAUCCUGGACAUCCGCAUUUCAACUAAUUUUUGACAUCUGUCAAUCUCUAAUUAACAGAGACCCAAAGGAUCAUAGCGAAUUUAUCCCUGCCGGAAUCUUGCGCUGUCAAUGUUUAGCACUAAAGAUUGUCUUCUGGUCAUCAUAUUAUUCUCGUCUGAACAUCGAUUCAUGCAGUUCAUCUUUUAACUCCCCAUUUCCAAAAGCUAUACAAUCAUCUUCUCAAUUUGCAAAUAAAGAUGAUGAUAAAGAAGUGCACAAACUUUUAAUUCCAGUGUAUUCCGAGAUCAUAACCACUUUCAGAGCCAUAGUCAAUCAUCCAGCAUUUGUCAAAUCGUUUAUUUUCGGAUGUGGCAUUCUACCUCAACUUUUCGUCGUGAUAUGUAAAUGUCCAGAUGAAAUGAUAAGACGAAAAGCAAUACAGAUAUUGAAGGAUGCUGAAGGAAGAAGAGAAGGGAUUUGGGAUGCGAAGACUGUGGGACUUGUUGGCACAGAUAUAUUGAGAUGUGAAGAUUUUGAUGAGCAUGUGAGGAGCCUUCAGAAUCAGGAUUAUGUUUCUUCUACUGGAAACCAUUUAAGCAAGGAGAAUUUUAUCGGGAACAAUGCAUCAGCUUGGGAUGAUUGUAAAUAUCCACGUCAAGAAAUUCGAUUGCAGAAACCCACAAAGUGGGUUGAAGUCCACUUUGCAUAUCUGGGGAUGAAGAUGAAGUUACCGGUCCUGAGGCGGGAAGAAGAGACGAAUAAUAAGCAAGGAGUGGAGUAUUCUUGGGAGAGAUAUAACGAUGAGGUCGAGGGAAUGCAUCUGCUAGAUUGGGUGGAACAAUAUCUUGGUCCGCGUGGUGAUGGUUUGAUUUCGGGAUUUGUUGGUCUAUGA